AUGUCGGGUGACACCACUGAAGUCGUGGUCAUUGCGAACUUCCAGGAGCGGACCUUGCAGGGACAUGUGGCGUGGUUCCACGCCAAGGCAGAGGGCGAGCUGGCUUUGGGCAUUCACCCGUGGAUCCAGAUCCAAGAAGUGCUGGCCAACACAGUGAGGCUGGACUUCGAAGCGAAGGACCAGCAGCUGCGCGUGCACCUUCCCUCGACCGACAGCUUGAAGUUGGAGGUGCAGUUCGUGGUCCAUUUGCCGGCCAUGCGAGGGCUCCCCGUACUGAUGGUGCUUGAGCCAUGGGACGUAUCAUGUGGCACGAUGUGGACGACCAGCGGUUUCUGGUCACUGAGGAGGGGGAAGAACGGAGCAGAGAACGACACCGAAGGAUCUGAUGGUCGGGUGGUGGUUGGUCUUAUAUUUGCAGCUUUGAGAAAGCGCUUUGGCUUGGUGCUGGGCAGCUUACAGGCAGGUAACCUGAGUGAAGCAGACUGUGAAGAUGGCGGCGAUCACUUCCAAGACUUUGACGGAAAUGAUGAUGGCAAUGAUGAUGAGGACAUUGUGCCACCAAUAGCCCAGUCUGAAUCAACGGAUCAAUGCUUGGAGAUGCUGCGACGCGUCCAGGACAUGGAGAAGAGGAUCCAAGAUGAAGACAAUGAGGUGAAGCGUUCAGAUCCGCCACAGGAAGAUGCUGCCCCAGGGAGUAAAGACCUUCAAGCACUUUUUGAGAUCCCGGAGGAUGCAGUGCAGUCUGAUUCUUCCAAAUCCAUGCUUGGAAGGCUUGGCAGUUGCCGGACACUUUCGGAAUUCUUCGACAUUGUCUCUGGAGGUCAUGAGGCGGAUAGCAGGAGUUUCGGCUUCCCGCACGUCCAGGGUGGCUGCGUGGAUGAAUAUGAAUGCGGCCCUCCGGCUCCAACAAAGGUCUCGUUGGAGGUGGGUUCCAUCAUGUUGUACGCCACCAGUGGAAAGGAACCAAAUUUCACAUUGGGGUGUGCUUUGAGUGUGUUCCGCUUUGGGAAGCAGGGAUGUAGACUCACCAGCUUUCCUGUUCCCUUUGAAGCAGUGGCCAAAAUCCGCAUGGUGUUCAUCGCAAAGCUCACGGUCAAGGAAUGUUUGGCUGGCUUGGAUGGAAUGCGUGUGGCGUUGAGUGAUGAUGACAAGAUCGCCACGCAGGAAGCUCAGGGCAGCUCAGAAUUAAUGGACAUGAUCCUCAGCGGCGAGAAGAAACCAGGCAGAAAGAGAACGCAGCAGACCACCGAUGCCGAUGAGGUCGCUGCGCAAAGCAAGGCUUUCCAGUUCAUGCCUUCGUCGUUUGGUGCAAGCAAAGCUGGAGGUCGCAACAUUCAGCGUUGCAUGGAGGGUUUGCUGAAUCUGUACAGGUUAAGCUUUCCCCUGCAAAACAUCUUCGACGAGCAUGGCAAUGUGAAAAGCACAGGAGUGGCUUGGGAGGACACAGUGAAGAGAUCACCAGAGUUCUUCUCGAGCUACUUUGGUCAUGCGAAGAAGGGCGACAGGUCAGCGCUGAUCUUCAAGUACCUGGAGGACAUCAAGCGAGGGGAUGAAGGCUAUGGAUUUGCUUCCAGGUGCGACCGAAGGAAGCGGAAGAUGUGGGCCACAGAUGGCCACAGGGUCUUCACAUACGACCGCUGCUGCCGGGUACCAUUCACAGAGAUCAGCCAAAUGUUGCUCUCGCGCUGGCCGGCCCUGGCGCGCGCACAGGAACGCUGGCCGGCGCGGCUCAAGAGCACGCGCAGGGGCCGCUGGAGGUGGCGUGCCCUUGCCGAUUUGGCUGCGCAGCAGCUGGAACGCGCUGGGAGAAAGGUCAACGAUGGAGACUUCAUCUCCGCCGUGGCCGAGCUUUUGGUCUUCUACACCUGGCGCCUCCGCGCGAACCGCGCCGCAGCUUCGAGGGACUUCGACCGCUCCAGUCGAACAGUGGAGCUGCGAACCUGGAGACGGCUUCGGAGGGCCAUGGAGGCUCAAAGGGCGGGGCCUUUUGAGGCUUGCGCAUGUGCAGGGAAAGGCUAUGACAUGCUCAUGGCUAUGAGGGACAACAUCAAGAGGCUCUGGCUGCACCAUGCCAAUUUCUCCAAGUUUCUCACCACUCCAUCUGAGCCUGCGCACUAUCUUUCGAUCCUCCAAUCCUGUGCGAAUGAAGAGGUCUCCGCGCACGCACUGGUCUAUUUCCAGCAGACCUCCCUCCAGACGAACUGUGUCUCCGGGGACGUGGCGAGCAACAUCGCAGUGGCACAAGCAUGCAUUCUGCAGGGCCGCUGGGAUCGUGCAGCCGAUUUGCUCUUGUUGGCCUUUGCGUUGGUCGUCUUGGCACCUUGGAGGGAUUGUUUGAGCUUGAGUUUCUGGGACAUCACUGCUGAUGAUGUGGUCUACAACGCUGCACGCUUGGCCAGCAUGAGCAGCAAUAAUGCCAAGCAGCGGCCGCAUUUGGAUGCACCUGCCGCAGUGCAGCUCCUCGCCUGGCGUCGCCCAGAAGGCACGGCACUGCUGCCACGGCACCUGACACGGCGCGCCCAGUGUUUUGGGCCGGCACGGCUGAAGCAGGGGGUGUGUUUGAACGCUGGAAAGAUUCUUGUUCCUCAAUGGUUUGGAAGCGCUGUAAGGGCGGCCUUGUGUACGGAGUUUGGGGCUUUAGAUGGAGAAUCCUUGGUCCAAGAGAUCGACUGGAACCAAUGGAUCUCGCGGCGCACCUGGAGCUCGACCUCGGACGCGGAGCUGGUGCCGACGGUCUUUUUGGUGCCUGUGGGGACGCCCUACGCCAACGUGUGGCACGCACUCCACUGGUGGAUCCCUGCCCUGGCGCUCAAGGAGGAGAUGUCCUGGGGUCCAGAGCUCCAUCUCACCCUGGUCUUCGAUAGCCCCCGGCGCCUGGCACCAGCGAGCUGGACUGUGGACAGGCCUGAGGGGGAGGAUGUGCUCAAGUUCCUGGGCUUCCACCAGUCCAUCUUACAGGCCUUGACGCCUCAUCCUGUGACGUUUCUGGCUCAUUCACGGGACGAGACCUGCUUCCAGCGAGGCACCGUGGGCUUUCGUUCCUUUCGCUACGACAUGAAGGACCCACAGAUGGGCCAGCAGGAGGUGGCCCUCUUCCGGCGGGCGCUCGCACGGGCGGCCGAGGGAGGCCAUGGGGCUAAGCCACGCAGGGCAUCAACGCAGAGGCUGGUGCUGAUGAUUCGCAGGGCCAAGGGCCAGCCGCGGCACAUCAGCAACCUCGGGCAGCUGGAGGCCUCCUUGAGGAGAUCCAGGAGCCGCUGGGUGGUGGAGGGCCGAGCCUUGGAGAGCCUUUCGUUGCUGGAGCAGUUCUCCUUAGCCUCCCAGGCAGAUGUGCUGGUGGGUGCGCACGGUGCCGGCUUGGCGUGGAUGGUGGCGAUGCACCCAGGUUCUGCCGUCACGGAAUUGAUGCCGCCCACCUUGCCUGGCUACAUCGCUUGCAUUGAGACCUGGGACCAUCCACGGAAUCUCCGACACGGCAUCUAUGGGGGCCUGGCACACACUGUGGGACAGCAUCACAUUUGCCUCCGAGGCAACGCGACGGCCUUGGCGGAUCCUUUUGAAGUGGAUAACUUUCGAGAAAGGUCCUUUGAGAUUCCGCUCAAAGUGGUCCUCCGCCGUAUUCACGAGGUUUACCAAGCGUUCUUGGUCAAAACAUGCGCGGCGUGCACGCAAGGCGGCGCGAAGUGUUUUUCUUGCCUUUUUUGGAAGCAGCGGAGUGGCCAGAUAAAUGGGUUGUGGUGA